AUGCCCGACGGCGCCGGCAGUCCGUAUCCUCCCCAACAAGCCCCCCCUGCUCCCAACCCGAGCGCUGGCCCACCGCUCGGCCCCGCCGCCAUCAUGGCCCCGACGACAAAUCAAUUGGCGGUCACGUUGGAGCGCCUUAUUCGGCCCGAAGAUUGGACCGCCAUUCCCGAUGCUUGGGUCACCGCCGUUCAUGCCAACUCGUACUGCGACAUCAACGAUGAACCCUCGGUGAGGUCCAUCGUGAACAGCCUGGCCCCAUUGGCCGCAGAGCUCGAGGCAGCCCUCGAUGGCCUGGACCUUGCCGAGAGCACCCACAAUGACGACGUGACCGACAAUGCCAACGAUGAAGCCCGCCAUAACAUGACCCUGGUCGCACGCCGCCUCGUGGACCUCUGGCUUCAGCGCCCUCUCGGCGAUCAAAAUCAGAGCUCGCCCAGCCAACUCGCCUUGGCCCGGACAGCUGCCAUCGAGGCGCUCCAUCGCCGACUGAUGGCCCAAGACCAGGCCUCACUGCCCACUAAGCACACCCUUGUGCGCCGCCUCGUGCAGCAUGUUGGUGUGGCCGCCACCGACAAAACCGCCACCCGCGUAGCUGCGAGCGCCGCUGCCUCCGCUCUCAUGGACGUUCUCGACCGUCUGGACGCCCCGCAAGCCGUGUGGGACGAUCUCCGCGAUUGGCUUUGGCGCCUGUGCCAGCACACUCGAAGCCACUGCCGCAUCAUGGGCCUCGAGCUCCUCUCCCUCUUGGUGACCCGCCCUACCGUUUGUCAGCCCCAACAUGUGAUUGACAGCCUCAAAGUCAUGAUCAAGCGAGGCAGUGACCGUGUCGGCACGGUGCGCCAGCAGGCUGUUGCCAUUCUAGCCCGCCUGCUCAGCGAAACCACUUUGACCAGCCAUAUCCAGCCAUGCCGCUCUGAGCUCCAGAGCCUGGCAAUUCGUCGACUCAAGGACAGCAAGAGUGCUGUUCGCAAAGCUGCUCUCUUGCUCUGUGGUCAAGUUGCGGUGCUCGCAGAACAGCCCGACUCCCUGGUUGGUCCGCUCCACUGCGCAGCGCCAAGACGCUCGCAUCCAGCUCGACGCCCUCGGAUCGCUGUGCUCGCCUUUCCCAGUGACCUCACCCUGGUUUCAUUCACCAACGACCCUAGGCCCAUGAUCUCGGCCAUCAUGCCCAUGGUCAUUGAUCGCGAGGAUGCCAUCAAAAGCGCCUGUUGCAUCGGACUUCGCGACCUCUUGAUUGGCGAGGUCGAGAAUCGCAAUGACGCUGUCAUUCUCGUCCACUUGGCCCAAUUGCCCGAGCUGCGAUCUUUUCUCCAUCGCGCCGUACAGUUUUGGGAUGAGCGAAAUCUUUUGAAUCGCACCUGCGUAGAUUAUGCUCACAACCUGACCCAAGACGAGUCAAUCACCACACAGCAGCUCUUACGCUCAGCGGACCUCUAUCAAGCCUGGCUGCGUCGUGAACCAACCAUGGAAGGCAUUAACACUAGCAUUUUGCAGUGCUUGGCAGCCAGCACCGCCCGCCUGGCUGUGGCCGAGCAAGCCGAGCUGGCGUCUGACGUUGAGCACCUACUGGCGAGUGGUGCCCUCUCGCCGGGUCUCAUCAGCAUGGGACUUCAGGCCAUGGAGCAACUACGCCCUGCCGACGCCUUUGCCCUGUCGCUGGAAAAGCUGCACGCCCACAGCGUACAACUUGCACGUGAGCUGACUGAGCGACAGACAGACCUCGAGGGCGACGAGUUUGUUACUGCGAGUCGCGCUAUUUUCAUGCUCGGCGAAUGCUGCCUGCGUCGCCCUCACGCUAGCUCCUCGGCAGCCGUGGUGGUCGAGGCCCUCAUUGCUCGUCCUCUCCAACAGAUUUGUUUGCAAAGUGAGGAGCUGGCCAAGAAGUGGCUCGGCAGUAUGGGCCCGGAGCAUCGUCAGGAGCGCGAGUACAUUUACCAUAUAAUGCUUCAAAACAUGGACGACACGCAACGUCUCCAGGUCACGCAGGAACUGUGCACGGAGCUCUUGGGCGCAGUUGUAGACGACAAGCUCAACCUCGACGCAGCCCUCGAACCGGUUGUGCGAGAUGCUCUGGCAAUCUUGGCCAGCAAGGAUAUCAAAGUGGGUCGAGCCAAGGAAGAGGACGACGAUGAGGAGCUGCCCGUGGUUCCUGGCGGCGAGGAAAAGCGCAAGGCCACGCAGCACCUCGUGUCCAAGGUGGCCAAGCGCACUUUGAUCGAAAAUAUCGUGCCCAUGCUCUUGACACUCAAAACCAAGUUGGAGGAACACAAGUCACCUCUACAGCGUCCCUUGCUGUUCUAUCUGCGCGAAGUGAUUCGUGACAACAAGGCUGAAAUGGAUGAUGUUCUGGCGGCCAAUCGCACGCUGGCCUCGGAGUUGGCCUAUGACCUCAAGGCUCUCGAAGCCGAAGAAGGGUCUCGACGCUGCUCCAUCUGCAACCGUGCCCCAGACCCCUUGAUGGCUAUGCUCAAGACACCGCGCUCAGAGGUCAUGCGUCAGUCACCAGCUGCUGUGGAUGAGCUUAUUGUGUUGGCCUCACCUAUGGGCGCCCAGUCGCGUACCAAGCCUGCAUCUUUGCGACGAGUGGCCACCAUCAAGCAAGGCAGCACGAAGCGAGCCGCGCCGCAGAGCCCCGUGGUGGAUGACCUCCUCGCCUCGCCUGCUCUGCCUGCUCCACAGAAGCGCAUCAAGUGA